AUGGCAGCACUGACAGGAUACAGGCAAGAUUUCCUUGAAUCGAGCUUUCCGGCGACUCAUGUCAGCCCUACCAAUGAGGCCCUCGCCUCGGCCGCCAAGGGCGACGAGAAGGAGCUUGAUAGGGAGGCAAAGGAGGGACGUCUAGUCGAGCCCAAGUUAAACAUCAAGAACACUCUGAUCAAGUUCGUCCUGGACCAGUCCAUUGGCGCCGCUGUCAAUACUUUCGCGUUCUCCAUGUUCAUCCACUCCAUCAAAGAAGCAAUGUCGGGCCGACCCGAGCACUUGGCUGGCCCGGAAGGGAGCGUCGCAUACUUGCUCUCGGGCAAGUCUAUUGACUACAGCAGGGUUGACUGGACUUCGAUCGUCGCGAAGUCCCACGCGGAGUUCUUCAGCAUCAUGUCGGCGGGGUUGAGGUUAUGGCCCUUUGUGAGUCUGGUCAACUUUGCCUUUGUCAAGAGCGUCGAAGGCAGAAACCUCAUCGGCAGUCUGGCCGGUGUUGGCUGGGGUAUCUACAUGAGUCUUUUCGCCGCUCAAUAG